AUGAGUAGCGAUACGUCCUCAUCUGUCACUGAGGAGUUGACCAAGCUCCUACCAAAGAUAGAGCUACAUGCCCAUCUCAGUGGUAGCAUAACCCGGCAAUGCCUUCACGAAAUCUGGUAUCGCAAAAAAGCCCAGAACCCGAAUUUCGCAAUCGAGGAUCCAUGGGUCCUCAUGCCACCUGGCAAGGUCAACUAUGGGCUUGACGUCUUCUUCGAUGUAUUCUCAAAAAGCAUUUACAACCUCGUCAAUGACGCCGAGACUAUUCUCUACGCGACAAAAUCUGUAUUGAACGAUUUCCGAGCUGAUGGUGUUCGGUACCUGGAGUUGCGGACUACGCCUAGAGAGAUCCGCAGUGAGGAUGGUCAUGUACUCAUAUCGAGAGAGGAGUAUGUCGAUAUCGUCCUCCAGGGUAUCCAAGAGUUCAAGCAAGAGCAGCAGAACGACAUCAAACAAAAUCCGGACAUGUCAGUCUAUCUAAUCCUCUCCAUUGACAGAGGACGCGACACAGCAUCUUCAGCUGAAGACGUCGUCAACAUCGCCGUACGCCAUUAUCGCACCCUCAAUCCGGUCAUAGUAGGCAUCGACCUCUGCGGCAACCCGCUAAAGGGCACCGUCUCAACAUUCCGGUCCGCAUUUGAGCUUGCCAAAACGCACAAUCUCGGCAUAACGAUCCACUUCGCUGAAACUAUCUACUCAAACGAGAAUGACGCAGAGGAACUCGAGACUCUUCUCUCAUUUGAGCCUGAUCGGUUGGGACAUGUAAUCCACGUCCCCGAUGAGAUCAAGGGAAAAAUUGUAGAGAAGAAGAUCGCGUUGGAGUUGUGUAUGUCGUGUAAUGUGCAUGCGAAGAUGAUUGUUGGUGGGGGCGGGUUUGAGGAUCAUCAUUUCGGGGAGUGGUGGUUAAGGACGGAGUGUGCUGUUUCUCUGUGCGUGAGUUUGUCUCUUUCCAUUGUUCCCGUACUCGCUGCUGAAUAUCGGUAG